AUGGUCCAGUUUGUCAUUCUACUAAUAACUCACCUUGCACAGUUGGUGACAGCGGCUGAUCGACAUAAAAUCGUGUACAAGAGCUUGCAAGAAGCAAACAAAGAAUGCAGCCUGUAUAACGUCCCGGGAGGCUGUCUUCCCCGAUGUGUAACUCAAAUCACACGUGACUGGAACGAUACGGUCGGAAUGUCUCCAGUGUACGGUCGCUUCUUCCAGCCGGAUCCGAAUGACCCCUGUAGCAACAACCGUACCGAGCGAUGUAUCGAAUCUAAAAGUUCUUUGAUUCCCCCGAAGAAAACGUGCCUUCGGGCGUCUGAAUCUGUGCAGUGCUUCAUGGAUCACUACGGUGAGAUUAACAUGACUGCUCCACAGUUCGUCCGGUUUACCAAGUUGCAAGAUGUGCAGCUGAUUUUCGAAUGUGCCGCCAUGUUGGGGUAUUCGUCAAAGGAACAGCUAGAUGCGUUACUCAGAGACUCGGAGUUCAAGCGGCAGGAAACGCGAUGUGUAUUUCGUUGCGUCAUGAUCAGAUCCGGGUUGUACAGCGAUUCUGAAGGGCUCAAUAUGCCUCGGUACUACGUUUUGUGCGGCGGAUACGAGGAUGGCUUCUAUCAACAGGCGGCUGAGUGUUCGGCCAGAUUGCGGAAAGAAGUUCCCUGUGACGAUAAGUGCACGCUAGCGCAGCGGAUGGCCAACGAGUGUAUCGGAGUGGACUACGAAACGUCGAUUAUGCAAAGCAAGGGCAAUACGGUGAACACAAUCUACGCCAUUCAGGGAAGCGAAGUGUACAACAUCGAUGGUCAGAAUGCUAAUUCAAACGUGGCAUUAACAUCGGUACAGCGUGAUAAAACCAUCAAUAUCGAAAAUACCAACUCAGAUUUGAACAAGUUUGGCGAUACCAUUAAUGUUGAUAAUCAACCGUAG